AUGGCAGCACCAUAUUGGGGGCAACUGCCUCCUCCAAAAGUCUCAAGGCAAGGCUCAAUUGGCUCUGCUGCAGAUCCAAAUUCGAGAAAGAGCAGUCUGUCUGUCGAUACAAAAAUGGACCGACUCUCCUCUCAAGAUCCAAGACGCAUUCGAGAGUCGACACAAACGGAAGCUCCUACGAUUUCUACACAAAGUCCAUUUACUUCUCCAGUUGCUUCGAGCUUUCGCGGAGAUGGUUUAGCCCCUCGACCACCCUCAUUCCCAUACAAUACCUCUAGCACGUCCUACGAUAACGACUACUUGGAGAAGAGGAGAAAGCGCGAACAAAGUCGUAACAAGGAUAACUUGUACGAAUUCAAUCCCGCUGUUUCACCUCCAAUUGUUGCAGAUAUAUCUCGAGGACACCCAUCAGGUACUUAUACAGAAUCCGUUGCUAGUGGAGCAUUAUUCACAGAUCAAGCUCCGGCGAGAUCGAGGGCGGCUCGCAAGUCAAACGGUGCCGAUACUAUAAAAUCUCAGGAAACAAACUGGGAAGUUCUUGGCACAUCUUCUCCUAUAAGUGAAAGAGACACCGUGCAAAGAUCUGGUACAGCUGGUAGAGGUGACGGCAAAGGCUCCUCACCCAGAGGAGGUCACACGCCGACUAAGGAUCCCCCUAGACGCAGUCAGACGGCUGUUUCAGAAACGAGGAGGCCUUCUUAUUCCGAGGCGACAGAAGUUCAACGACGGAAAGAGUGGGCAUCAGACAGGUCUCCUCUACAGAGGUUGGAAUUGACUCUUGAUAGCAUCACGAAAGAGGAAAAACGAGCACGUGUAGAAGAAGCCGAGCGACUGAUCAAAGAAAAAGAAGGAAAGCCUACACGUCCCAUUGAGCAGCCUACUCAAAACACAGUUCGCUUCAGAAAUCGUCCUGUUGCCAAAGCACCGGAAGGAGGUUUGCUGCCAGAAAGGCGGCUGGUCACAGAAAGCCUUCCGCGGACAUCAAGUAUUAAAUCAAAGGAAAGUCUAUCACGCAGUGGAUCUGUACUGGAGAGGAUACCGAUCACGCAUGCGUCACCGCCGAUUGGUUUGAUUGCACAGGAAAGGAGUCCUAUUCUCAAUCGUGAGACUGAGAGUAGUUCAAUCCCAAAACGCACCUACAGUAAAAAACAGAAGUCCGGAUCAGCAACUGCCGGUGGAGCUGUAGCUGCAACCGAAGCCACUAAUUCUCUUUACCGAAGCAAAAGCAAUAAAUUGAGAAAAGAUCCACCACCGGACCAUUGGAGCCGACGUCAAAGUGAGACUGAAAUACAUCCUGAGGGCGACGUGCUACCUAGUCUUACUAGUGGUCGCCAGAUUCCGUCGGCACCUCCUCGGAGAGCAACUGCGCCUACCGCAUCGAGAACUUUACCGGCUCGUGGGCGUGAGUUGCGUGACGAGCCUUCGUACGACUCCGAAGAAGAUAUGAAGGCCAUUCCUUUUAGGCGAGGUUCAAAACGAAAGAUGGAGCAAGUGACUGGACAGAACCAAUCAUUGAAGCAUUCGUCAUCUGCCAAAUAUAAUCGCGAAGCAAUCUCUGCUUCUUCAAGAGACGCGGGCCCACCCAUAACUGGUAAUGGUUCCAAUGAUCACGAAGAGCAUCGUCAUCGUUUUGGUGAAAUGUUCCAUCGCCCUCAUAACUAUGAACCAGGACAUGGAUUAUACGCUCCUCCGAAACCCCUUACAGAGUGGAAGAAGGGCGAAAAGGCUUUGUUGGCGGGAAAUCUGUUGGACCUCGAAGAAGACGCAAGCGAAAAUGAAAGCGGUAUCAAGCCGGCUUGGCGGGAGGCCGGUCUUAGCAGGAAACGCUCCGUUCGACAAAAGAAGGCCGAAGCUUACGAUGGAGAAUAUGAUGACAAUAACGGUAUAGUACCUUUAGCUUUUGGUUCCAUGGAAGACUGUGCUGGAUGUAUUGCCGAGCAGCAUCUAUCAAUCAAAACCCGCAGCUCUACCGGAUUUGUCAAGUUCCGACCGAAACACAAAUCUGGUUAUGCGAGCAAAGUUGUUGCUGCAAACCAAUCAUCUGACAGACAGAAAUCCCCUUCUACUCCUCCUCGUGGUCCAGAUCACUCGCUAACGUGUGCAAUGCGGGUCAUCCGCGUGCGUCCUGAUAUAGCUCCUACUAGAUUCAAACCACCGCUAUUACUAAAGUGCGGACCCCUCUUACGUUACUAUGGUAUACGUACCGAAAAGACGUCAAGCCGUUCGGUGGCUCGUGGCCCUUUACCAGAACGCGAAGUCUGGAGGGGUAGUGUCAUGAUUGUGACUCAAGACUCAAGUUCAUCCUACGAACUUGCUCCAACGCUACGACUCUUUUUGCAGCCUGUUGAUCUAUUGCCACCACCACCUGCACAAGUUGAUGGCGAAGAACUUGCUCCGGAGUAUAUUGACCCAAUUGCAGGACUGACCAAAAUUGGGCGAGAUGGUAGAACGCUCUACACUCGUCCUGUUGAACAACUCCCAGAAGGGAAAGAUCUUUCACGGAUUGAAACGAACGAGGGACUUUUCGAAUCUCGUCGAAGUCAUCUCGACGGAAAUACGGAUCCGAAACGGAGGCGGAGAAAAGACCAAUAUGAUGGCGAAAAAGCUGGAAAGUUUAAAGAAGUGCGAGGAUUCCGUCUGUAUUCAGACAAAGGAUUUACAUUCUGGAGAUUCAAUAUUGAAGUCGAGUUACGUAGCAAGCAACAGAGGAUUGCUUAUCGAAUCAACCGUGGUCCAGCUACUGGUUUCUGGGUUCCUGCUCGUGGACAAUCAAUGAACAUAAUGUUCCAUAGCUGCAAUGGGUUCACCAUGGACGUCCAUCCAAAUGACUUUAGUGGACCCGACCCUUUGUGGAGAGAUGUUUUGAACACUCAUCAAACACAACCAUUUCAUGUUAUGCUCGGGGGUGGUGAUCAGCUUUACAAUGAUCAUAUGAUGGAACGGACUACCCUCUUCAAGGAAUGGCUCAAUAUCAAGAACCCUCUACGUAAAGAGGCGUUACCAUUCACACCAGAGAUGCAAGACGAGAUGGAGCAUUUCUAUUUAGACAGCUACUGCAUGUGGUUCUCACAAGGUCUCUUCGGAGUAGCCAAUUCGCAGAUUCCUAUGAUCAACAUUUUUGAUGAUCAUGACAUUAUAGAUGGAUUCGGUUCAUAUCCUGAUACUUACAUGAAGUGCCCGGUUAUGUCUGGUUUGGGAAGCGUCGCGUUCAAAUACUAUAUGCUCUUCCAACAACAAAGUAGCAUUGAUGAAGGGGAAGAAACCGAGCCUAGUUGGAUUUUGGGAGCACAACCAGGACCAUAUAUCCCUGAAUUAAGCCGAAGCAUUUUCACUGGGCUGGGUCGUGGCAUCUCAUUCCUUGGCAUCGAUUGUCGCACAGAACGAAUGAAUGACGAAAUUGUUACUGCUGAAACAUAUACGAAGAUUUUUGAUCGACUUGAAAGGGACAUUAUUAAGGGCCAGACGAAGCAUCUUAUUGUAUUACUUGGGGUACCAAUUGCUUAUCCAAGGAUGGUCUGGCUUGAGACUCUCCUUACAUCGAAAGUUAUGACCCCAUUAAAGGCCAUGGGCCGUGCUGGCUUAUUAGGAAAAAGUCUUAUGAAUCACUUUGAUGGUGGGGUUGAAAUUCUUGAUGAUCUCGACGAUCACUGGACAGCGGCUCACCAUAAGGAGGAGCGAAAUUGGUUGAUUCAAGAAUUACAAGACUUAGCAGCCGAAAAGUCUGUACGAAUCACCAUUUUAGGUGGUGAUGUCCAUCUCGGUGCUAUCGGCCAAUUCUACUCAAACCCCAAAUUGAAGAUUCCCAAGGACCAAGAUUUCCGCUAUAUGACAAAUAUCAUAUCUUCUGCCAUUGUCAACGCACCACCGCCGGACAUGCUUGCUGAUAUUUUAAACAAACGCAACAAAGUACACCAUUUUGAUGCAGAUACCGACGAAGACAUGAUCCCAAUAUUCACUCAUGAUGUGGAUGGUAAACCUAGGAACAAUAAACGCCUACUCAACCGCAGGAAUUGGUGCUCGAUACGGGAGUACAAUCCCUCUCUAACUCGCUCUAAUUCACCGGAUGCCACUACUUCUUAUGAUGGCAGUAUUUCACCACCACCUAAGCGCGGUCUACUGCGUCGCUUCACUACCAAAGGUCCUUCAUAUCGUCCAGAUGCACCGCCUUUAUCAAAUGCUUCGUUCUUCAAUAGACGUCCAUCAUUAUCACGUCCAUCAUUGUCCUUAUCGCGUCAAACUUCUACCGAGUCUGCUAGACCAGGAAGCUUGAAAAGAACACUGUCAUUAACACGAAAGGAUUUCACUGGGCUGUUUCGGCGAAGCAGUAAACGUAGAGACUCUGGUGGUAUCAAUGGAUACGGGUCAGAAAGUGAAGACGAUCUAUCUCGCAACCCCAAUCUUGACGGACCAACAACUAUCCGUGGAGGAGCUAGCGACGAAUACUAUGCGUUUGAAAAUGAACUUCCUCGGGCGGCUACCUACUCGGAAAAACAAGCUGCAACCUCAAUUGCGGGAAGUCAGCCGCAAGCACCUGUCUUUACACAAGACCGAUUCCAUCGAACUCCCACGGGUCUGUCCGAAAAACAGAUUCGAAAGGGCAAUUAUCAAAAUGUUAACUUGGAGGGCGGCUUGGAUAUUUGCUUGAAUGUUGAGGUCAAUCAAAAGGAUCCGGCUGGUAUUACUAUGCCAUACAGAUUGUUGGUUCCGGCUCUUUGGUAUGAAGAUGAUAUGGGUGAUGAGGCGGCGAAGAGAAAGAGAGAGUAUGAUUUGGUUCUGUGGCUGAAGAAGAGAACGGCGAGUAAGGGUCAGAAGGUGGAUAGUGGGAAGAGACUUGGAACUGUUGGAAAUGAGGAGAUGAGGGGGUUGAAUGGUUAG